ACCUUAAUCAGAGUGGGAUACCAGAUGAUAAUGAAAAGUUAUUACUCCUUAUAUGCACACGGUAGUCUUAUUCUAAUGUCAUGCUUCAACGUAAACCACCGGCCCUCCCUAUCAACCCAAACGGCCAAACCUUCUUUCUUCCUCUCUAAUUAUCUUUUAUAUAUAUUCAUCUUAAGCUCCCCAAUCUUCUCCUACGCACAAUUCCAUUAAAAAAAAUAAAAAACUUUCCAUCUCCCCCUUCUUUAAUUAAAAAAUUAAUCAGGACGACAACUCGAUACUGCAACGAUGUCGAAAGACUGCGGCCACCAUGAGAGCAAAAGAAAGAAGCUCUAUAAAAGGAUUGGCGUCGGAAUCCUCAUAUUCAUUUUAAUCGUCGCCCUAAUUAUCCUCAUCAUAUGGGCGGUCUUAAAACCGUCCAAACCAAGUUUCACCCUCCAAGACGCCACCUUAUACAGCUUUAAUUUAACCAGUCCGGUUCAACUCACUACCAUCUUUCAAGUCACAGUCGUGGCCCGAAACCCAAAUGAUAAAAUUGGGAUUUACUAUGAUAGAUUGCUCGUUUACGCUAAUUAUCGUAAUCAGCAAAUCACGGUACCAACCUCAACUCCACCAAAUUAUCAAGAUACUAAUGCUGUCAGUAUUUGGUCACCUUUUUUACAAGGUCAAAAUGUACCCGUUGCUCCUUUUAUUGGGGCUCAGAUCAAUGGGGAACUUCAAUCUGGUGGGGUCUAUAUUCUGAUCAGAUUGGAUGGACGGGUGAGAUGGAGAGUUGGAAGUUUUAUUAGUGGGCCAUAUCAUAUUCAUGUUACUUGUCCUGCUUUUAUUCCAUUAGGGAACCCUAAUGUUGGAAUUUCUGUUGAGAAGAAUGCUAUUAAGUAUCAACUUACCCAAGAUUGCAGUGUUAGUGUGUAAACGAAUAGUAGCAAUCCAAUAUUUCGCAUAAGUCAAAAUUCGAGGAAGGACAUGAUAAUUAUACUCGGACCCCAUUCAAAAAGUGUGUAAAAGAGUUCUCAUUAUCAGCUUAAAUUAUUAAGGUCGAGCAAGUACUAUUCGUUGCGAUUUAAAAUUAUUUUAUACUUGUUCUAUGUACUUUUUAUAAUUGUCUUGUACAAUUUUAUUUUAUGGAGAAUAAGAAAAAAAAAAUUUAUUGAGGAA